AUGUCGUACUCUUGCAAGAUCUUCAACACCAAGAAGGUCGCCAAGAAGGUACGACGACAAAACCCAUCACUGAUCCAUAACUCACUCGACUUGGGAUCUUCCUCCAUCGAUUUCAUUGGGAACAAAUCGUUUGAUUUUGAUGGCACUGUUGUGGUAGCUGACACGAAGAGGUAUCUGAAAGGAGGAGGCGAUCGUCGAUGUUCAAAUGUUGGCCAAAGCUUAGUGUUUACCGCAACUCAUAAAGAGCUAGAAGAAGAGUUCAUAAAUGAAAUCGAUGAAGCUGGUGAUGUGGGUCAUGGCCGUGUUUCUGAUGGCUCCAGUGGUGGCUCCGAUGAUACUGAGUUGAGGUCUAAAUUUAGGGCGAUGGCUCCGGCGGUGGGAUCGAUUGCACGUAUGGUUAUGGGAGGCUGUUCAAGGCGAAAGUCAGGUGAAUAA